UCUAAUAUUAUCAAGUAGAAGACAUUCGUCCCGUCUGUUUACCUAUCUUGUUAAGGGGAGAGAGAACACAAGAUGAGAAUCUUGACGAUAAAUCUCCCACACCGAAAAAAUGAGACCGAUAAGCCCAACAGUAAACCACCCCAUGCUCCACCUUCUAGAAACUUCCGAAACCUUAAACACGAUCAAACAAGUACACGCCCAAAUGAUCACAACUGCCUUAAUCCUCCACACGUACCCGAUCAGCCGUAUUCUUCUCUCAUCCGCCAGAUUUGCCCCCUUACCCUACACACUGACGAUCUUCAACCAAGUCCGAAACCCGAGCAUUUUUCUGUACAAUACCCUCAUAUCUUCUCUAACUCAAAAAGAUCAACCAAAAGUUGCCAUUUCUCUUUAUUGCAAGAUUCUCACCACUCGACAACAUAUGCUCAAGCCGAAUAAUUACACGUACCCUUCUCUCUUCAAGGCCUUCGGGUCCCACCAAUGGUUCGAACAUGGCCGGGCCCUACACGCCCAUGUCUUGAAAUUUCUUCAUACUCCGUACGAUGGUUUCGUUCAAGCCUCGUUGCUUAAUUUCUACUCGAGAUGUGGGAGAGUUGAUACUGCUAGAUAUUUCUUCGAUCAAAUAAGCCGACCGGAUUUAGCCACGUUGAACUCUAUUCUAUCUGCUUAUGCUCGUGAUUCUAGUCUCGGAUUUGUGUCCGAUUCUGGUUUAGAGGUGUUGAAUUUGUUCGGCCGCAUGCAGAAAUCUUUAGUGGAGCCGAAUGAAGUGACAUUAGUGGCUUUAAUCACCGCAUGUGCUGAAUUAGGCGCCCUCAGCCAAGGCACAUGGGCGCAUGUUUAUGUAAUCAGAAACGGGCUUAGCCUCAAUCGCUUUAUCGGGACGGCAUUAAUUACCCUGUAUGCAAAUUCGGGCUGUCUUGGAUUUGCUCGGCAAGUGUUCGACAAAAUGCCUCAAAAAGACACGUUUUGUUUUAAUGCCAUGAUUAGAGGACUCGCGGUCCACGGUAAUGGAAACGAGUCUCUUGAUUUAUUCAAGAUAAUGAAAGAAGAGGGUUUUAUUCCGGAUGAUGUCACGAUGUUAGCUGUGAUGUGUGCUUGCUCCCACGUGGGAUUAGUGGACAAAGGGCGUAAAUAUUUCGACUCGAUGAUAGGUAUUUACGGAAUUGAGCCGAAGAUCGAGCACUAUUGUUGCCUAGUGGAUCUUUUGGGUCGAGCGGGGCUGGUCAAAGAAGCCGAAGAAAGGGUUUUGACCAUGCCGGUGAAACCUAAUGCAAUUUUAUGGAGGUCUUUACUUGGUGCAGCUAGGGUUUACGGGAAUUUGGAGAUAGGCGAAUUUGCGUUAAAUAAAUUACUAGAAUUGGAGACCGAAACUAGUGGGAAUUACGUGCUUUUAUCAAAUAUUUACGCGUGCAUGAAUAAAUGGGAAGAUGUGAAGAGAGUGAGAGAGUUGAUGAAAGAAAAGGGCGUCGAUAAAACGCCCGGGAGUAGUUUGGUCGAAGUUGAUGGCUCGAUGCACGAGUUUUUGAUCGGUGACAAGAGCCACCCUCGCGUGGGAGAAAUAUAUUCGAAAUUAGAGGAAAUGAAUAUAAAAUUGCGAGAGUUCGGUUAUCGGGCGAGGACUCGAGAAGUGUUGUUCGAUAUCGAAGAAGAGGAGAAGGAAGACGCUCUUUUGUACCAUAGUGAGAGAUUGGCUAUUGCUUUCGCACUAGUCGCGUCGGAUUCUCGUGCACCGAUUAGGGUUAUAAAGAAUCUACGGGUUUGCGUGGAUUGUCAUUCGAUUACAAAGAUUCUCUCGGCCGUGUACGGGAGGGAGAUUAUUGUUAGAGAUAGAACUAGGUUUCAUCACUUUAGUAAUGGUAGUUGCUCUUGUCUCGAUUAUUGGUAGAUAUUUUACGGUGUAACGUGUAUUUCAUCGGGUGUCAGCAUUUAUAAAUUAUAAUAUUUUUUUAUAAUAAUUUAAUCUUAAUUGAAAUGUACUCCAUAUGUUCCACAAUAUCUGUAUCUUUUAAGAAUUUUUUUUGUUACAUAUUAUCUGUAAUUUUACAAUUUCAAUGCUGUA